UGACACGGUAAAUGACUCCAUACUGCGUAGAAUACGAGCAUAGUAUCUGUCUCAUGGAUAGGUCGCCUGAUUGGUGGACUUCGGACCAAGGGAAAUGAGGAAGGCCCAAUGGGGAGAAAGGAAGCAGCACUCCCUGGCAGUAGUGCUGCUCCAGACCACGGUGGUGGGAUGCCGCUGUUCAAAGCCUGUCUUCUGUCCCUCCAGCUGCUGAUGGGGCCCAGCCUCGCGGUCGCCAGCGUGUUCCUCAGCUUCAGGGACUGCAGCCACUUCUUCCACAAGCGCACUCCCCCGCUCGUCGUCCACGGGGCUAGCUUAAAGAGCAUCUGCCAGCGGUUCCGGGACAAGGCGCGCUACGCUACCCUGUACGACGGCGGCCGCCGCCUGGCGCUCUACUCCGCCUACGUCUUCAAGAAGUCGGACGGACAGGGCCGGGCGGACACGCCCUGGAUGUACGAGCCGCAGUUGGUCUCAGAGGACGGCGGAGACAACAUGAGAGAGCUUCCCCUCAGUGACGACGCCCUGGCACUGGAGGACAGCCAGGCCGUGCUGGAGGACUACACCGACGCCGCGGGCUACGAGAGGGGUCCCCUGAACCCCGACCAACAUCAGGCCGAGCCCGACGACAAAUCCUCCACCUACACGCUGACCAACGUGGUGCCGCUAGCCACCGCCUUCCUGGACGCCUGCUGGAACCCCUACCUCGACGCCAUCCGCCGCCGCCUCAACAACUUCUGCCACGGGAACUCCUAUGUGGUCACCGGGGCGACCGUGUCGGGGUCGGCGGCGUUGUGGCGGGAAAGGAGGGAGAGAGUGGCGAUCCCCAAACACCUGUGGCUGGCGUACUGCUGUCCGUGGUUUGACCGCAACUCGCCGCACGAGGUGAGGUUCAUGUUUCCCAGCUAUGGGAGCUACGCACUGAACCAAGCGACGGGUAACGAGGUGGUCGAGGUCCCGCUCAAGGACCUGGAGAGCUUUCUGACGCACCAGACCGACGUGGACCACGACCUGGCCGUGUUUCCUAAGGGCUGCUUGGCUGAAGACCUCUUCAAACGUGGGAAAAGGCAGAAUCCAUGAGCCUGAUAGACAUCUGUCAAGAUAUAUGGGUUGAGAUGGGAGCAGUAUAUAUACAUAUGGUGUAUAUAAUGGACUUGAAACAGAAGAAGCGUCAAGUGUUGAAGAUGAAAAAAUAAAUCAACAUAAAGUCAUUUUUUGUGUACUACGAGUGGGGGCACAGAAUGUUUUAAAGUGUACACAUUCAAAUUCUUCCAUUGUUUCAAUAAUUCAGUUGUUACUGAUUUUAUGUCUCUUUAAGUACAGCAUUGUGUUGCAUGUACGCAGACAUGUAAGGCUUUUUUAAAUGGGAUCCAAAUACUUGACAUGCAGGGAUUCAUUUGAUGUUUUUAGUAUUCACCCCUUUUCUAUUGUCAUGUCAUUUUUUAAGUGAAGCCUUGUGACUUGAAAGAUGCUAUUCCAAUAAUUAUAAUAAAAUCAUGCAUUAUGAUUCAUUCAAUUAAUUACUAAAUCCACUUAAUAGGGGUGUGGGGCAAUAAGUUGAUAAAAACACGAUUCUGCAGCAGUGGUCACCUCCUGUUCCGAUUCAGGUAUAGAAAGAUACGCAUUACAGGUAACUUUUUCAUGCAGAGU